GCUGAGGAGACACGCAGGUCAGCUUGGUUAAUCAUUACCAAAGAGAUAAGAAAAUCCCAUCACAAGCAUAAAGAGCUGAGAAGACUCCCCAGAACCGAUUAGAUUUUCUGAAUGUAUUUUUGCUGUGUCAGAGGAAGAUCCAUGAUGUUCUGCUGUUCCAAAAGUUCAGCCCGAAGGCAGCUUGUGUGUUGCUUUCCUGUUCCAAGGAGGAAGUCAGAAAUUCCCUCCACUUCUGCUCUCACGCUUGAAUUCCCAGGUUUCACUUCUGAGUCAGGAGCUGCCUGAAUGAGUUCUCAGCAUUGCUCGGAGACGAACUUCCAGCUGUGCCACAAACAGUUUUAUCUUGUGACAAAGGAGGAAUAAGGACAGAAAUCUUGCAAAAUGCUAAGAUUUUAUGGGACCAAAAUUGCUUCAAGGAUAUUUCAUCUGUGAAAAGUGAAAGAAGAGGAGUAGCACAAGGAAACAGAAUGGGAAACUUUUGUCAGAAGUACUGCGCCUGUUUGGAGCCCUAUAUUCCUUGCUUAUUCUUGGAGAAAGAAGAUGAGCAGGAUGUUGGCCAGGUCUUUGCCAACCCUGCUGUGGUAAGGAUUGACUCACAGGCAGGAGAGAAAGACAAAGUGAAUAAGACAAAAGGGAAGCCCUUACCUCCACUGCCUGGCCAGCAUUUGGGGAGCGCUUGCAAUUUUGUGGCACUCUUCAACUACGAGGCUCGCACAGAGGAUGACCUGAGCUUCCAAGCUGGGGAUAUGCUUGAAGUGCUGGAUGCAUCUCAUGAGGGCUGGUGGUAUGCUAAGCUCCUCCUGCCAGAAGGGUCAGUCUUUCCUGGCCGCAAGCUCCAGGGCUACAUCCCUUCAAACUACGUAGCUGCUGUACAGAGCAUUGAAGCUGAGCCAUGGUUUUUUGGACCAAUCAAGCGAGCAGAUGCUGAGAGACAACUGUUGUAUCCUGGAAACCGGGCAGGAGCCUUCCUUAUUCGAGAAAGCGAAAGUCUAAAAGGCGAAUACUCACUUUCAGUGUUUGAUGGUGAAUCAGUGAAGCACUACAGGAUCAGAAGACUGGAUGGAGAAGGCUUUUUCUUAAGUAGACUGAAAACAUUCAAAACUCUGAAUGAGUUUGUUGACUAUUACAGUAAGAACAGUGAUGGCCUCUGUGUGGUGCUUGGAAAGCCAUGUCUGAAGGUACAAAUUCCUUCUACUUUUGAUUUGUCAUAUAAAACUGUUGAUCAGUGGGAGAUUGACAGAAAAUCUCUGAAAUUCUUGAAAAAGUUAGGAUCUGGUCAGUUUGGUGAGGUAUGGGAAGGACUGUGGAAUAAUACCACCCCAGUGGCAAUCAAAACAUUAAAACCAGGUUCAAUGGAUCCAAAGGACUUUCUGAGGGAAGCACAAAUAAUGAAGAACUUGAGACAUCCAAAGCUUAUACAACUUUAUGCUGUUUGCACUUUGGAGGACCCAAUUUAUAUUGUUACGGAGCUGAUGAAAUAUGGAAGUCUUAUAGAAUACCUUCAAAAUGAUGCAGGCUACCACAUCUCCCUGCCACAGCAAAUAGACAUGGCUGCUCAGGUGGCUUCUGGCAUGGCUUAUCUUGAAUCUCAGAACUAUAUCCAUCGAGAUUUGGCAGCCAGGAAUGUCCUUGUUGGUGAACACAGUGUUUACAAAGUGGCAGAUUUUGGACUUGCAAGAGUUUUUAAGGUAGAAAAUGAAAACAUAUAUGAAGCUAGGGCUGAAACAAAACUGCCAGUGAAGUGGACAGCCCCUGAGGCAAUCCGCUAUAACAAAUUCAGUGUUAAGUCAGAUGUGUGGUCGUUUGGAAUACUUGUCUUUGAAAUAAUCACGUAUGGGAAGAUGCCAUAUCCUGGUAUGUCAGGACACCAGGUGAUCCAGAUGCUGGACAAGGGAUACAGACUCCCUCAGCCUGAGACCUGCCCAAAGGCACUCUAUGAACUGAUGCUGAAGUGCUGGAGUACAGAGCCCAGUGAGAGGCCCACAUUUGAGGCCUUGUACUGCCAGCUGGAGGACUUCUUUGACAAUGACUCCUAUAUGGACAGCCAUGCCACCAUCAAAUGAACCCCAAGGCAGGGACUAAGGAGGAAAUGUAAGUGAAUGUGACCAAAAGGAAAUCAGUUUAACCUCAGAUGGGGAACUGGAUGAGAAGAUAAGGAGGACUUGGACAUUUUCACACCUGUACUGGCACAAGAAGACACUUGAUUUUACUGGCGGCAAAGGUUUUUCAAGGCUAAACAUCAGGAAGCAGGAAGGGUGGAGGCUUCUAAAAUAUAAACAACCUUCUAUUUAUUUUUUUAAAUAACAGCUCACAAGAAUGAAUAAAUGAAAUAAGUCUGUUUUAAUAAAACCAUAGCAAUUUAUAAUUUCCUUAUUGGAAUAUUUACAUAUUUAGCGGUUCUUAGAUUUUUGAUCCCUAUUAGUUCGUCCUUGUGGAGAAAUUUGAUUACUCUGCACAGCAGGAUCUGUGCUAUGAAAGUUCUCUUAUACUAAAAAAAUAUAGAAAUUUCAUGACUGUGAUGAUGUUGAAAUCUAGAUUAGUUGCCUUGCUUAGACUUGAAGUACUCAUUCUUUUGCUGUAUCAGAAAAUAAAAGAGAUGUUCGUGGGAGGAGAAAGGAAUUAUUUUCAUGUUUGGAUGUGAACAGUGAUUUUUACUAGUUUGUAUAAUGUUCUUCUUUAACAACAAUAAACACAUUUAUAAGUAGA